UUGGUUUUAUUUAUUUUGUGAUUUCCGAUUAAGGUUAACUGUAUUUAAGCCUUAAACUUUAACCACCUUACUUGAAUGAUAACUUUGUUAAGUAUAAUACUGAUAACCCUAAUCUUGAUUUUUACCAUCAUGGCUCUCUCAGAGAAUUUAAUAUCAAAACAUUAAGUAAUUAAAAUUUGAUGUAAAUUAAAUUAAUAAUAUUCAACUUAUUUUGAUACAUUAGCUUAUGUUUAUUUAAAACAUUAUUAAUCUUUACUUUGUUACUUAUUUAAAUAAAUAUUUUAACAAUAUGUAUCUGUAGAUGAUACGUUUUUUACUCAUUUUUUAUUAAUAUUGUUUAGUUAUCUUCUGAUAACCGAUAUUCUUUAGACAACAGUUAAAAAAGUGGUAAUGUGAUUCUAGACUUUUCUUUCUAAUGAAUACCAUGAUGCGAUGGUCUAGAACAUCUAUACAUUUUAUUUCUGCACUUCGAUUACAAUCUCGAAGUUUGAACACUAUUAAACCAUCUGCUGAGGAUUUUAAAAUAGCUGAUAAAAAAAACAAUCCUUCUAAUAGUAGUAUUGUAGCUGCAGCUUUUGCAUCUUUAAAAGAGAUUGAUUCAACAAAAUCUUCAAAAAAAAAUGCAUAUUUUAUUGUUAAUAAUAAGUUAGAUAAUGCAAAAACAACUGAAGACUUAUUGGAAUUAGCAAAUGCUCCUGUACUAUCCAAAUCACAAGCUCUCAAAGCUGUUUCAAUAUUAGCGGAAUGGGCUAGUACUGGUCGAGCUAAAUUAACAGAAUUUGAAGCAGAUUCAAGAUUUUUAAAACUAUGCAAAUUAUUAGGCAAAGAAAACCUUAAAAAAGAUUAUUUAUUUAAUGAUUUAUCUACUGUUCUUAGCAUUACUGGUGAUGAUGAAGCUGCCAAAUUAAUAUCUACAAUAAGUCUGCCACAAAUGAUCAGAGUAUUAUCAGCAUUAGCUGUUAAAAAAAAACGUUCUAUAACUUUAAUGCGAUCACUAGCUUUCAAUAUUGGUAGAUCAUCAGAAAAACUUGAUAUCAAACAGUGUGCUGAUGUGUUAUAUGCUUUGGCUAUUUUAAAUUUUCCUGAUGAAGUCUUAAUGGAAAAAGUGAGCUCUGAUGUAUGUAGUUUAUUACCUUCAAACGAUCGCUCGUCUGUUAUAGGAUCAAUUAUAACAAGUAUGGGAGUAUUACGUUUAAGAGACACAGAUUUACUUGAAUCCCUAUCAACUUGGUUGGAAAAAAACAUUGAUAAUUGCAAAAAGCAUACUUUGGAAUCUUUUAUAAUCACUUUGGCUUAUGUUAAUUACAAACCGAUUAAUUUUGAAAGCAUUUCUAAGGUAUUUGAAAACAACAAAAAAAUUGAUGUCAGUAAUAUAAAUACAUGGUUAGAUGUUGUUUGGAGUUUAAUAGUGCUUGAAAAAGAAAAUAAUGAACACUUGGAAUCAGUUUUAUCACCUGAUUUUACAGCUAAUUUAUUAAAAUUAAAAGAUAACCAAAUUGUUCCUAUUAAACUGCUUAAUAUUAAUGGAUAUGCUAAGACAAAAUCUCAAUAUAAAGGACCACUACUAAAUUUAAAUUUAGAAGAUUACCAAGUUAAAUUAACUAAAUCCAAGGAUAAACAAGCUUUAAUGGCUUCAAUGAUGGAUGCACUAUCUUCUAUAUUACCAUCUAUUAACAUAAUAAAAACUGAUGUUUGUACUAAUUUUGGUUUUAUUAUUGAUGCUGUGUGUGCAUUUGAUUCAAAACUUAAUCCAAUCCCUCUAAAUAGCAAUGAAUCAACUAACACAGAAAUACAUAAAAUAGCUUUUAUGCUGACUGGGUUUCAUGAUUCAUGUCGAGGAUGCCACAAUGAACCUAAUGGAAUUGUUGUACUAAAUACACGGCUCAUUAAAUCGCUUGGUUAUAAAGUGUUAACAGUUCCUUACACUGAAUUUGGCAUUCGUGAUUCAUUAGUUAAUAGAAUUAAGUAUCUUAAAGAGAAUAUUCAGCUGUUAAUUAAAGAAUCACAAUGAUGAUAGUGCUUUAUAUUUAUAUUUUAUUGUUGUCUUGAAUAAAUGUAUGUUUAAAUCUUA